AUGCACAAGAAGAACCAAACCUCAGUCACAACUUUCUUACUUCUGGGAUUUCAGAAUCAUCAUAGCCUCAAUAUCUUACUUUUUCUUGUAUUUCUAAUUUUUUACAUGGUCACAAUAACUGGCAAUCUUCUCAUCAUUUUAUCUGUUUCUAUUUUUAAAAGUCUUAACUCUCCUAUGUACUUAUUUCUAUGUCAACUUUCCAUUUGUGAUAUAUUGAUUACCUCAAACAUUGUCCCUUACAUGCUUCAUGUGAUACUGAGAAAGGAAGAAAUUAUUUCUUUUAUUGGCUGUAUGACCCAGUUUUAUCUUUUUGGUACCUUUGCAACAACAGAAUGUAUACUCCUUGCUGUCAUGUCUUAUGAUCGUUAUGUAGCUAUAUGCAAUCCUCUGCAAUAUGUAUCUCUCAUGGACACUACUAAAUGCUUUAACUUGACAAUCUUAUCAUGGCUUAUAGGCUUUAUUCUAAUGCUAUUUACAGUCUUUCAAGUAAGCAGGUUAAAUUUCUGUGGUUCCAAUGUCAUUGAUCAUUUCUUCUGUGAUCUUGCUCCUCUUCUGCUACUGUCAUGCUCAGAUAUUUCAUUUGUUGAAAUUGAGAACUUCAUCUUAGGCUUUCCAGCAACAUUUUGCCCAUUUACUUUUAUUAUAGCAACUUAUAUCUACAUCUUUACCACCAUCAUAAGAAUACCUUCAUCCAUAGGAAGACAGAAAGCCUUUUCUACAUGUAGCUCACACUUAACCAUUGUUUGCAUCUACUAUGGGACACUUGUUGCUGCCUAUUUGUUUCUGUCUAAAGAGAAAACAUCAAAUGUGUCUAAGGUUAUUUCUCUGCUCUAUACAGUAGUAACACCUUUGUUAAAUCCUAUUAUAUACAGCCUUAGAAGCAAAGAAAUCAAAACUUCACUAGUUAAACUUAUUGCUAUUAUGUAG